UCGUCUACACAGUGGAUACGCGCUGGAAAGACGUGAUGGACCUCAACCGUACCGUCGUUUAGUUUAAAGACCUUCGUGCGUUGUAUAUGAAAAAGGGUUAUAUUUUAAAAAAUGUAAAACUCGCGUAUUGUGAAUUUUUUGAACACUGCAAACUACAAAAGACGCCUUGAACCAGUGUUAGCAUGGCUAACUAGCAUAUGUUUUGCUAGCUUAGCGACGCAAGGAAAUGGCUCUCCGCUGCUUAGCAGUAUCUCUUAGUCCGUCCAUGAAACGUUUUUUGAGGUAGUAAAGAAACCAGCUUCGUUGGUAUGCCAGAUGUCAUCGAUGCAAGGCAAACAUCGUUGUCGCUUUAUUCUGUUAACAAGUGAAACGAUUUCACCCCGUAGUCAGCGACACCUAACUAUAACUGUACAUUUUACUUGUGUAAGUAUGUCCGUCCAGUCCUGAUAAAAGAGAAAUAAAAUGGACAAGGACUUGCUCAGACAGUGUCUGACAUAUCACGGACAGUCACUGCUGGACAAACUGAAAUGUGAACAAACAGAAAACCCUGACUUUCAAGCUGUGGUGUCCGACCUGUGCAAGGCCACGCGGGAAAGCAGGAUUGAAGUCCAGGACAACCCUCUUGUGGAGCAGUUUAUCGCCAGAAAGGCCGACAUCCUCUUCUGUCCAGCAUGGAAAACCGCAACAGUGCAGGAAGAGGAGCAUGUAGAGGAGGAGGAGGCUGCAGAGCCCUUUGCUGUCAUGCCACCAGUGGAGUUAUUCAUGGAAGUGUCUUUCGAGGAGAGGAGAGCCAUGCUGUACAGGGACUUGGAGAGAGGAGACAUUGUGGUGGGGAGAAUCAACAACAUCAGAGAAUAUGGCUUCUUUCUAACACUGCUCUGCACAGCAGGAGGGCUGAAGAGAGACAUAGAGGACUUGGAGUUGUCGGCCCUGUGUCACAUCAGAGAAAUUCCUUCCUCUGGCAGCCACGAUGAUCCUCUCUCCUACUACCAGAUUGGGGAUUUUAUCAGAGCUGCAGUGAAAGAUAUCGACCGCUACCAGGAGAAAAUCACCAUCUCCCUCCACCAGGCCUCUUUGUCUUCCAGCUUGGAGAACAUCAAACUUGGUGUCAUUCCCAGGGAAGAGUUGCCCAUACACUACAGUCGAAGUGUUCGAGCAGCAGCUGACUCUAGUGAGACAUACGAGUGUAUACUGCAGAGUUGCCAUGGUUACCACAACCCUUCGGUAGUCGACUAUUUGCUGGAGAAGGUGGGAAUUAGUGACAACCAUCCACCAUCAAUGAUGAGAGGACUACAAAGCAAACUGUUCCACGAGGAAGAUUUUGCCUCUGUUAUUCGUAAGAAGCAGUCUGCGUCAUGGGCCCUGAAGUGUGUCCGUGCAGGUGUGGACCACUUCAAACAUGGUCGCCAUGUAGAAGCCAUGAAUGAAUACAACAAGGCCUUGGAUAUCGACACGAAUAAUGUAGAAGCACUUGUUGCACGUGGAGCGCUGUAUGCUAACAAAGGCAGCAUCAUGAAGGCCAUAACAGACUUUGAGCUGGCUCUGGAGAACUGUCCAGAUCACCGCAAUGCUAAGAAGUACCUCUGCCAGACGCUGGUAGAGCGAGGAAAACAGCUAGAAGAACAGGAAAAGCUCGUAACGGCAGAAGGGUUGUACAGGAGAGCGCUUUCUCUCGACGACCUAAAUCCUGAAGCAAAGGAGGCCCUUCACAAGAUCACAGACACCAUACAGAAAUCAAUUCGCCUGCGAGAAGAAGCUCUCUCUAAGGAGCAGGUGAAAGCUACAAGCAGCCAGACCAGCGCUGAGAAAUUGCGUAAGAUCUUAAAAGAGGAGAAGAGGAUGAAGAAAAAGCGCAAGAGAUCAUCGUCAUCUUCUUCAGCGUCCUCCAAUGCCUCCAGGGACUCCUCCUCUUCUUCUUCUUCAUCCUUCUCAAAUCGUAGGAGGUCCAAAAAGAAGAAAAAGAAGAGGAGGAGGUCUGAGCGGGGGAGUAAGCGCCAUCGCAGGAUCUCUUCAAGGGAGAGCAGGCGGAGUGAGGAGGGUAAGAGCGAGAGAGACAGGAAAGAGAAGGAGGAGGAUGAGUUGGAGUGGUACCCCGCUCCUCCAAACACCUCUGCCACCUUUCUCAACCAGAAGGGAGGCCCUGGGUUUGGAGAGGAGGUGGUAAAGGAGAAAGACACUGAGGGUAGAAGGAUCUCUCAGCUGUAUUCUUUGUCGACAGCUUCAGAUGAUGAAGAGUCUGACUCCUCACACCGAGAGAGGAAAAGAAAAGACAGGGAGGAGAGCAGGUCAGGGAGGAAGAGAAAUGGUAGGAGUAGAAGCCGGGGAGGAGAGGAGAGGAGAAGCAGGAGUAGAGAAAGGAGGGAUAGAAGCAGAGGGAGGGAGGAUAACAGGAGGGACAGCAGCUCUAAGAGGCGCAGCAGCUUAGAAGAGGACAGAAAGAGGAAAGUUUCCUGCUCGUCGGCUGACUCUGAGUAUUUAAGAAGAUCUGGUUCAAAACCUGAAAAUGUAGGGAACUCUGGGUCUGCAUCCAAACACUCAGAGAGCAGGAGACAUGACUCUUUCAGGAGAGACUCCUUUGAUGGUGGUAGGUAUGAGAACAGAGGGAGGGAGGACACAGAGGAGACAAAAAGAGAGAAGGACAGUGUUAAGGGGAAAGUAGAAGAGAACAGCAACAGGUCUGAUGGAGGAAAUGCGGGAAAUCAUAACAAACAGAGCGAGCUGGUGGGAGCAAGGCCAAAAAAAGACCUCCCUUCUAAUCUGUUAGAUAUUUUCAAUCAGAUCGCCCAGUUUGAGAAGGAGAAAGGAGUGAAACCGAAAUAAUGAACUCUAAACCAAAAGUCCAGCAUGAAACUGUGAAAAGGAUCCUAAACUCUGGGCUGUGCUUCACGAUAACUCUGCUGAAGCAGAUGCCAAAUGCAUUGAUAGUUGAAUGUCCCCACUUGUUGUCAUUAAUUUUAAAUGUUUGAAGAAUCUCCUGAAUCUUUAUUUUUCAUUGUCUUAGGGCUUGUGUCCAUAUUUGCUGUUUUUUGUGCUGGCAUUGCCUAUAAUCUCAGUUUUUCAGAGCUCUUCUCACCAGCAUUUAUAAUUGCUUAGUUGUGACCUCAACUGACCUCUGCUUUUCAAGGAAAUAUCACAACAUGACAGCGAUUUUAAAGAAGUCCUGCCCUGGCAUAAAGGCUCAUUUAUGCUCCCUUUACAUUCGAAAAUAGAUCAGUGUUUCUCAAACGAUAGAACAAUUGCUGCCCACAUACUUGAACCUGUUGGAGGACCUGUUAUUUUGGGGUAGAUGUUAAAAAAUAAUCCACAAGAGGUCGCUGUUUUACACAGAGCUCCACAACUCCGUCCAUCCUCCGCCCAGCUGUUCGAUUGUAGUUCUCUGUCUUUGUGUCCAGGUGAGCUUAUGUCAUUUAUUUGUUUGUAGUUUUGUGAUUUUUCCUCAGAAAGUUCAAGUAAGUUCCGCCCUUUUUCAAAUGAUUCUUCUUCAUGGUUUUUUGUUGCUCUGGCUUGAACUGUUGUCUAUAUUGCAGCAUUUUGGUGCGUAUCUGUUAACUUUGAGAGAAGGGAUGAUGCAUGGACAAAUCGAACACAGGGUAUGGACAGAAAGCUCCGUCCAUUUCUUUAAGCAUUUCAAAUUUGGAGCAUAAAUGAGCCUCAAGAAGGAAACUCCACCCUGAGAAGAUGAGACAGUUCUGUUCUUCCUCCACUAUUGCCGUUCCUGCUUCAUCUUAAUAUUGGUUAGUCAGUCAGAAAGAAACAACUACAGAGGUGGUGCUGUUCAAAAAGUUGACCUGUUUUCAACUAAGAGUGCUGGGAGUGCGGCGACAAAAUGCUGGUGCUUAUUGUGUUUUUGAGCUCAAGAUACUGGGCUCUGACAAUGCUGGACUACAGCUUGGUUUUGUAUUGAAAAUGAGCACUGCCAGCACCAACAAUGGCAGCUAUUGACACAGACUAUUGUUCUUCAGUGUAGACUUAGAGCCUGUGGCAACUGUUGGGAAUAUUGGAUAAAAAAAGUGUUCAAAAUUUUCAACUGGAAUCAUUAAACACAUUUCAACCUAAGGCUGAUUCACAGUGCUGUUUAAAGCUGUGAAUGUUGCAUAGCUAGACAAAAUGAUCCUUCCUCAGAGUCAGCCUUAGAGACAGUAACAGAGGGGAGAAGGGAUCCGGAAAGCACAGCACUGUGUACUGCAUGUCUGGCUGUGUGACUAUGUUGGUUUGUUGUGCUCCCUAGCAUUCCUGCAUUAGUUUAUUACGCAAGAUGAGCUACCAGAGGAAGAAACCAAAUAUAAUGCCAUCACAUAAUAAAUAUGAAUGUCUUGAGGCGUAAUAAAGGUGGGGCUUCAUUGUGUAAAAACAUAUAGAAACACUCUCCCAAGUGCUGUGAUUGUAACCACUGAUAGUGGUAAAUAAAAAAAUGAGAUUAUUAUUUCCCUUGUCUUUAAAACUCCCAAUUAAUAGACUUUUUUAAAUUUCAUUCAGUGAAAUUACACUGCCUUUAUUUGGGUCAGGCAUCAAUUUAAGGAAGGCCUGUAAUUAUUUUCAAAAAAAAAAAAAAAUCACUAAUUUGAUCUUUCUUUGUAAGAUAGCCCAUCCAUGCCACCCUGCUGCAUUCUAGAUGAGUGAGACUGCCUUAAAUAUAAUCACUAACCAGAUCUUUGCUGGUCUAUGAGCCCCUAAUUGAGACCUGUCUCUAUUAGAGGUCCAAUUAUUUGUCAAAACCUGCAGCAACACUAAGCAAAUUAAAGGGACUCAGAUUUAAAUUUGGAUGGGCUUUUAUUUGAAAUUUUAUAUCUUUCAUCAAUGACAGAUUAAACAUCUCCACUCUGUUUUAGUUAUUUUAGGUACAUUUUGACCAUGUAAUUUAGAAAAGAAACCCCUAUAAUGUUCUGACAUUUGCCACAGGCUUUAAAAAGUGUAUUUUUGUGCUCAAGUUUUUCUUCUAAAGAGGACACUGCCUUAUGUUUACUGCCUUGUGCCAUUUUGUGCAUUCUUUCUGUGGCUGUCAAACAUUUUUCACAAUGUGACUGUUAGGUACUUUUCCAAGCUUUACAUGAUACCUAUAUUCCUGUUCUUUUCCAAGAAAUCUUCUCAC